AUGAGGUUGGCAGGCCCGCUCCGCAUCGUGGCCCUGGUUGUGACUGUGGCUCUCACCUGGAUCAUAGUCAGCAUCUUCCUGGGUGGGCCUGGCACUGGCUUCUCUCGCAUCCAGCAACUCUUCAUCAGCCCAGAGAACUCAGUGACGGCAGAGCCGCGGGCCAGGAAGUACAAGUGCGGCCUGCCCCAGCCGUGUCCUGAGGAGCAUCUGGCCUUCCGCAUGGUCAGCGGGGCUGCCAAUGUCAUCGGGCCCAAGAUCUGCCUGGAGGACAAGAUGCUCAUGAGCAGUGUCAAGGACAACGUGGGUCGAGGACUGAACAUUGCCCUGGUGAAUGGAGUCAGCGGUGAGCUCAUCGAGGCCCGGGCCUUCGACAUGUGGGCAGGAGAUGUCAACGAUCUACUGAAGUUUAUCCGGCCACUGCAUGAAGGCACCCUGGUGUUUGUGGCAUCUUACGACGACCCAGCCACCAAGAUGAACGAAGAGACCAGGAAGCUUUUCAGCGAUUUGGGCAGCAAGAACGUCAAGGAGCUCGCCUUCCGGGACAGCUGGGUGUUUGUGGGGGCCAAGGGUGUGCAGAACAAGAGCCCCUUUGAGCAGCAUAUGAAGAACAGCCGGCACACCAACAAGUAUGAAGGCUGGCCCGAGGCGCUGGAGAUGGAAGGCUGCAUCCCGAGGAGAAGCACAGCCAGCUAG